GAUCCCAAUACAGUUUACGAGUGCUCCUUUUCCAACGGUGUCUUCUGUCUGCGCGCACGCGCGCGCGUGUGUGUGUGUGUAUGUGUGUGUGCGCGCGUGCGUGCGCCUAUGCAUGUGUAUUGUGAUAUAUUUAAUGACAUUCGCGCGUGAGAUUUUCUGCAGUGAGUUCCACAUUUUUUUUUUCAUUGAAAAUAGUGCUUUUAUCGAGAGAAGAUAUUUUCGCCGGAAAAUCAGGUUUAGUUAAAAAAAAUUAAUAGGAUUUUCCGUGAUUUCGAGCGAAAGAUAUGGACAGGCUGCGUCGCGGAAAUACCUCGCCGUGACGAUGAUGAAUACAAUUCAGCGUAUAAGUCAUAGCAUCGGCUGAUAAUGAAUCGCUAUGCUCGGAAAAAAUACUGACGGGUCGGUUGCUGUUAAAUCAAUUAGUAAGCAAAGUUCUUUUUGCUGGCAUUCGCGGUAUUCGGAGCUUUUUUCCUUUCUUUUCUAAAGUCGAAACAAACAUUCGGAAUACCGCGGCAUUCCGGGAGAUCACGCUUUAUGUAUAAUCUUAUCGUGCUUACCGGAAGUUUUAUAAAUAACGUCGCAGGCGCGUGCGUAACCGAUAACAAUAGAAGCAUCUGUGACGCGGGAAGAGUCAAUUGCAUCGAAUCGUCGCUCUUUCCCAAUCAAUAUAUUCUCGCCGAUGUGUUAAUACAAUUAGAAUUGACGGAGCGGCAACGAAAGAAAAGAAAAAGAAAGAUAGAAAAAUGACAGACUCUAACGCGAUUGUCACGCUCGGCACACAUAGGCAAUUAAGCAGCACGUAUCCCGUCUCGCUAAACAUUCGCUCUCGCGCGACCUCACGCGAGAUCGCAUUGGCAGUGCGGUGGGGGGACCUUCGAAUAUUCGAGGUCGCGCGUCUUGCAUACGAGAUAUAUCCCGCGCGCACAUGUGUCCGCGCGCGCGCGAGAAGCAAAAAGACAAAAAGAGGCGAAAAUCGCGCGCCACGUGAAUUCCAUCGAGCCGACGUCAUCUUUGCGAUUCUAGCGCGCGUUCGAGGAUAUCUUCUCUCGAUACUUGGUCGCAGCAGUGUGAACGCAGGGGCGAUAAAGUGUGCCUCGUUGUGGAUCGAUCGAUCUGUCGAAAGUAAGAGAGGAUGAGCGCGGAGCCGAUAAAACUAUCGACGCCCAGCGCGGCGCAGCAGAGGGGUCGACUCAAUCCGGCCGUGCUCGCAGUCUACAAUGCCAAGAUGAAUCAUAAUAGCGACGAGCAUCACCAGAUCCAAACGAAGCGCGAGUUGUUCUUCAAGGGCGACAGCGGUUCAAUAACGUCGCCACCGGCGGUACCAACAGCACCAUCGGUACCACCGCCACAACCACCAACGGCGCCAGCAUCGAACAACGUAAGCAACAGCACUAGCAUCAACAGCAACAACUCGACGACGACGAUAGUGGUGCCACCGAGCGCCCCGGCAAAACCCAGACUGGCGGCUUCGCUGAGUCAGACAGACUCGUCCGAGGACAGCAACAAACGCGCCGAAAAUGCCAAGGAAGCUGCUGCAAAUGCCACUGGCGUUACUCUCGCGACCGCCCCGAGACCCACUAUACCGACCAAACCCAAGGAACUGGAUGGUUACGUUGGCUUCGCCAACUUGCCCAAUCAGGUCUACAGGAAGGCUGUCAAGAAGGGUUUCGACUUCACUCUCAUGGUUGUCGGGGAGUCAGGCCUUGGCAAGUCGACGAUGAUAAAUUCGUUAUUCUUAACGGACAUCUACAGCGCAGAGCAUCCUGGACCAAGUCUACGAAUGAAGAAAACCGUUGCCGUGGAGACGAGCAAAGUGCUGCUAAAGGAAAAUGGAGUCAAUCUCACUCUCACGAUCGUCGACACUCCAGGCUUCGGUGACGCCGUCGACAAUAGCAAUUGCUGGCAGCCAGUGAUCGAGUACAUUGAGAAUAAGUACGAGGAGUUUCUGAACGCUGAAUCGCGAGUGAUAAGGCGUCAGAUACCAGACAGUCGAGUUCAUUGCUGUCUCUAUUUCAUCGCGCCCUCUGGUCAUGGAUUGAAGCCACUUGAUAUCGAGUUCAUGCAACGGCUUCACGACAAAGUCAACAUCAUACCCGUCCUCGCCAAGGCCGACACCAUGACGCCUGACGAGUGCGCUUAUUUUAAGAAACAAGUAUUGAACGAAAUAGCACAGCACAAAAUAAAGAUAUACGAGUUCCCAGAAGCCGAGGAUGAAGACGAAAGUAAAUUGCACAAAGUCCUGAGGGACAGAGUUCCUUUCGCUAUUGUCGGAGCUAACACAGUCAUUGAACACGAUGGAAAGAAAGUACGAGGUAGAAAAUACCCAUGGGGCAUCGUCGAAGUUGAAAAUCUGGAACACAAUGAUUUCAUCGCAUUGCGGAAUAUGAUAAUACGGACACACUUACAAGAUUUGAAAGAUGUUACGAAUAAUGUCCAUUAUGAAAACUUCCGAUGUCGCACUUUGGCGGGUCUCAGUGUCGACGGCAAACCUGCUAGAGUUUCAAACAAGAAUCCGUUGGCACAGUUAGAAGAGGAAAAGAGAGAACAUGAAAAUAAAAUGAAGAAAAUGGAAAUAGAAAUGGAACAAGUUUUUGAAAUGAAAGUUCGCGAGAAGAAACAAAAAUUAAAAGAUCUAGAAUCAGAUUUACAACGAAGGCACGAACAAAUGCGACGUUCUUUAGAACAGCAGGCUAAAGAACUUGAAGAAAAGAGACGAGCAUUCGAAGCUGACAGGUCGCAAUGGGAACAACAAACUGGACACAGUAUUGAGGAACUACGUCGACGAAGCCUCGAAGCAAAUUCAAAAGAGACGGGAUCGGUGUCGUCCGAGAGCUCCGGCGGUGGCGGGGGUACGUUGAGGGGUGCUCGCGGCAUAGGUAAUCUACUACGCCGUCACACCAGUUUCAAAUCGCCACAAGAGAAUCCCAUGCCGAUACAGCAGCUUGUCAUACAGCAUCCCGAGCACCCUUAGUAGGAUUUUGCAAGACGAGAUUACCAUACAAAUACACAUACUCCGAGCGUAUAAUCACGUGUAAAGCUUUCCUGUUUUGAAAAUUUUUGUUAGAUUGGGCGAGCGGCGUCACAUACAAACUGUUGCCAUAUGAUUUGUGCCACAACUGCAUUUAUUUUUAUGUUUGGAAUAUAUCUAACUGACUUUACAAUAGUGUUUUCUUUAGUUCAAAGUUGUAAGAUUUUACUAAUAUUUCCAUCGAUAAAUAGUGAAAAUUUUCUAAUCAGGAAACCUUUUAUGGAUAAAUUCUUGUUCUUUUCCAUAUUAUUAAAAAAAUGCUGUCUUCAAUAACUUUCAAUCUUUAUAAAAUUACAUCAAUCAUUUUUUAAAGUUAUAUCCACUCAAAAACUGUUUUUUUAUCCAUUCGAUCAGUGAAUUAACACAUAUCUUUUAAUUUUUGUCAAUUUACCAUGUGUCAUUUUGAUCGUCAAUAAUAACAGAUGUCAUAAUCGUUUGCAUUUACCAUUGUCAUUAUAUUUAAUGGGAUGUGAAAGCUUCUUCAGAAAAUAGUUUAAACUAACCAAAUCUAACCAAGUAGCUUUAAAUGUUUUUCAAUUGCAUAAGAACGUAUAAUAAACAGUUUAAUUUAUUUUUUCAAACAGCACUACAUAAUAAGUAUAAUUAAAGCUGCUGAUUAAUAUAUUUCAAAUAAAUUUUUGUACUUGCUAAUAAUCUUCUACAUCCCAUUAACGAAAUAACUUGAUUAAUCUUGUCAUACUUGUCGAUAUGGAUUUUAAAUGUGACGCUAGAAUCUCAAAAUAAAGUCUAUGUAAUAAACGAAAAAAAACGAUUCAUAUUAAUUUUCUUCUGGAAUGUGCGUGCUGAAUUUAAUUUCGAUUUCUCGCUUGAAUCAUAUCGACUAUUGUCAAAUGAACAUUGAUUUAGAAUUUAGAAGGUAGAACAAAUAAGCCAAGUUUUCAAGAGUCAAACAAAACAACAAAGUAUUUUGUCAUAUUUUUUAACACGACGACGUAGUAGAUAGCAGCGACGUACAUAUUAAAAUAAUAAAAUAUGAAAAUAGGAGAUGAGAGACAAGGUCUUUUCUUGAUGUAUGUUAUAUAAGUGAUGAUACUUUAUUAGCUAAGACCUAGAUAAGCCUAUAGCGUAAAUUUAUUCGCGUGUUUGUGUACGCGUUGCGACUUAACGAACAAGUUCGUUAGAACGUUCCUAGGGCAUAAACUUGCAUUUAUAGAUCAUAUAUAUAUAUAUAUAUAUAUAUAUAUAUAUAUACUUAUAUACGUAUACAUAUAGAGAGUAUAUGUGUAUUACGAUGUCACACGCACAGACGUUCAUUAAUUGUAAACUUCGAACAAGUUGUCCGCUCGACCUCAAUCAAACAAAACUCCUUUGUCUCCUUUUGCUUUGUUUUUCUCUUUUAUAUAUCACAAUUCAACCAUUUUUGAGAUAAGCUGUUUCGAAAUUGGGCCCAGCGGACCACUUGACAGAUGUCGACAGAAAAGAGAAGAUGCAAUUUAAUUAAGAUUUAAAGAAUAAGGAGUUGUUAAUUUUCAUUAUACGAUAACAUUUUUUCGCAAAUAAAUGUAAUGCUUUCUUAUGAUAAAAAAACUUACUAACAAUAAUUUUUUUUGUCCUUCACGUACAUUCGUCUCUAAAUCUUGUUUUUCUCUAAAUUCGUUAAUAAAAAAUGUACAAUUGAAUCAUUUGAAAUUGAAUUAACGAUGUAAGGGGCGAAUGAAAGAUAGCUUCAUACUUACACUGUCGUCUUGCGGCUAGCAUGUGGCUUGUUGGUCGUACGUCCGUCUAAGAGAAAGAUGUACAUUUUUUUUUUCAGAGCAUGUUUCAUUAUCCAUUACAAAUGUGUUGGCAUGUUUUUUUUCUCAGCAUACUCAUUUGAUGUAACUUCAAGGAUUUUGCUUUCAUAAUUCAUGAAGUCAAAAAAUCUGUCGUUUAAUUUUCUUUUACUUUUUAAACUUCAAAAGCGAAACUCUUUUCGUUUUUCAUAACACGAUACGUUGGCCAGAAUAUCCUAUUAUCUGAUCUACUAGUAACAUAUUGCAUUUGACACUCGUCAAAUCGUAAACUCAUUUUUUGCGAUCAUGUCGUUUUUAUUCACGUAUUUUUAUUUUCAUAAUAUUGUAACUACUGUGGUUAAGGUGGGCUUUGUUUGUAGUUAGAUUCUUGUAUAUUGGGUAUUAUUUUAGUAUUUUUGUAUCAUAUCAGCUGCU